AUUUAAGCACACGACUUAAACAUAUUUCUGAAAUUUAGAUAUAAAAUGUUCAAAGUAAAAUACGUAUGAAAAACUUUAGAAAUUCAGAAGUUGUAUGCUAUUUAAAUAAACCUUACCAGAAGUAACGAGUAUUUGAAAUACGAAAAUAUGUCUUUGAUCAAGAAAAGCUUGUUAUUAUUUCUUUUCAUCUACAUUUUGCAUGUAAAUCAUGCAUUGAGGCUGAGAGGUGCGGCCGAUAUUUAUAGACAAGUGUUUGGUUUUAAAUUACAUGAGAUCGAAACUUUAGAUCAAGAUUUCCGUGAUGAAUACAAUGAGCUUGCAAAAGAAGAUAUUGAAGUAUUUGGAAAGGAAUUCAAGCAAUGUAGAUAUAAUACAAUGUCUAAUGGACAUCUCGAUGAAUAUUUUGCUGUUUUUACUAAUUCAUCUAUAAAAGCUAUGGAAAAAAUAUGUAAUACGAAAAGUUAUGCAAAAAUUUUGUUGAUAUUUUCGUCGAACUGUUAUUCUAGAAUAAGAAAAUAUAUAUUGGAAUAUGCUAACCAAUUGAAUUAUGAAAAAACAAAUGAAUGCUUAAAAUCAAUAAAUAGUAUGAUUUUCAAUAAAAAAACAACAUUACAUAAGGAAAACAGUGAAAGUGAAUCAUAUAAAAGAAACAAAUUGGACAUUAUGGAAGACGUUUUAAAGUAUUAAAAUUUAAUACAUCGCACAAAAUAUAUUUUUCGAUGUCCAAGAAAAUUAUAUUUAACUUGUAAAAGUUAUCAAUAAAUUAACUAAUUAAAUAGAA